GACUCCCAAAUCUCAUUGACACACACACACUACAGCACCCGAAGCGUAACGAGAGUUUGGCGAAACGCAUCAUCAUAUCAUCCCUCGACCCUCGAUCAUCAUCACACUAGUGGUGAAAAGGGGCUAGCAGCCAUCAUCACCAUCGUUGCCAAUUCUUUCUCACUUGAAGUCAGCCCUAGAACCGGUGCCUUUAUCGUCGCCGAUUCCGGAAAUCAAGACCUCAACUUAUCCCACAUCUACUUCUAUCCGUCCAGGCAUUCAGUCAUAAACAAAGAUGGGGAUCAUAGAAAGGAUCAAAGAAAUUGAAGCCGAGAUGGCACGUACCCAGAAAAAUAAAGCAACAGAAUAUCAUUUGGGUCAGCUCAAGGCUAAGAUCGCCAAGCUAAGGACACAACUACUGGAACCCCCCAAAGGUUCUAGUGGAGCUGGAGAGGGUUUUGAGGUGACAAAAUAUGGCCAUGGUCGUGUUGCACUUAUAGGAUUUCCAAGUGUGGGAAAGUCAACACUGUUGACCAUGUUAACGGGAACACAUUCAGAAGCUGCAUCAUAUGAGUUUACAACAUUAACUUGUAUUCCUGGGAUUAUUCAUUACAAUGAUACCAAAAUUCAAUUGCUUGAUCUUCCUGGAAUCAUUGAAGGAGCCUCAGAAGGGAAGGGGCGUGGUAGGCAGGUCAUUGCAGUUUCAAAGUCAUCAGACAUUGUGUUGAUGGUUCUUGAUGCUUCAAAGAGUGAAGGGCAUCGACAGAUAUUGACAAAAGAGUUGGAAGCUGUUGGCCUGCGUUUAAACAAGAAACCACCCCAAAUUUACUUCAAAAAGAAAAAAACUGGGGGUAUUUCUUUUAACAGCACCAUGCAGUUGACUCAUGUGGAUGAAAAACUUUGCUACCAAAUUCUACAUGAAUACAAGAUCCAUAAUGCAGAGAUUUUGUUUCGUGAGGAUGCGACUGUGGAUGAUUUGAUUGAUGUGAUAGAAGGAAAUCGAAAGUACAUGAAGUGUAUAUAUGUCUACAACAAAAUAGAUGUUGUGGGUAUUGAUGACGUGGACAAACUAGCACGACAACCCAACUCUAUUGUCAUCAGUUGCAACUUGAAGCUGAAUUUGGAUAGACUGCUUGCAAAGAUGUGGGAUGCAAUGGGGCUAGUUAGGGUUUACACAAAGCCACAGGGGCAGCAGCCUGAUUUUAGUGAUCCUGUCGUUCUUUCUGCUGAUAGAGGUGGAUGCAGUGUGGAAGAUUUUUGUAACCACAUACAUAGAAGCUUGGUGAAGGAUGUUAAAUAUGUGUUGGUGUGGGGGUCAAGUGCAAGGCAUUACCCACAGCAUUGUGGCCUCAGUCAUGUUCUUCAGGAUGAGGAUGUUGUUCAGAUUGUCAAGAAAAAGGAGAGGGAUAGUGAAGGAAGAGGGAGGUUCAAGUCGCAUACAACUGGUCCUGCUCGAAUAGCUGAUAGAGAAAAGAAGGCUCCACUCAAGAAUUAA